UCGGGAUUCAGAGCUGUUAACUGUCACCGGUCCCUGAUCCUUCUCGCAAAUAUAUCGCAGUAAUCCCGUUUUUAUUUCCCUCUUGAAAUGGCGACGAGAAAGGUGAUAUCGGCGGAUUUCUUUUCUCCAUAGAUCAGUGCUUCCCUACCACAAAUGCAGGAUGCGGUGGUGUCCCAGCUCUGUGCUUCACCUGCUUCGCAGUGUCCGCUUAUGGUUGUGUUGCAGACGAGGAAGGAACAGACUACCCUUGUGGAUUAGGGAAACGUGGGCUUACACUAGAGUGCUGGUGCAGUCACUUUACUUCAACUUCCUCACAGACUCUGAUGUGAUUUUUGACUCAGUCUUUGAGCCAGUGUUUCUGACAGUGGAUUAUGUCACCCGUUGGUUUGGCACAGUGUUUGUUUGUCUGGUGGUGAUACUGACCAGCUCCAUUGUGCUGAUAGCGUAUGUGGUACUACUGCCUCUGGUCCUCAACACUUACUCCCCUCCAUGGAUAGCUUGGCAUGUCUGUUAUGGACAUUGGAAUCUCAUUAUGAUAGCUUUUCACUACUACAAAGCUGCCAAGACCUCCCCUGGAUAUCCCCCUACAGAAAAAAAUGACAGGCCAUUUGUGUCGGUCUGCAAAAAGUGCAUCAUGCCUAAACCAGCAAGAACACAUCACUGUGGUAUCUGUAACAGGUGCAUUUUAAAAAUGGACCAUCACUGUCCCUGGUUGAAUAACUGCGUGGGACAUUUUAACCACCGUUACUUCUUCUCUUUCUGCCUUUUCCUGACCUUGGGCUGUGUCUACUGUAGCAUCAGUGGCAGAAACCUGUUUCUAGAUGCAUACAAUGCUCUCGAGCGCUUUAAGCAUUUGGACUUGGAAAAACCAGGGGUACCUGUAACAGGGAUGGGACUUCUUAUAGGGCUUCUUCCAUCUGGUCAGACUAACUAUCAGACUCCUGCACCUCCAUACACCUUUAAGGAUAAAAUGAUUCACAAGAGUAUCAUCUACAUGUGGGUGCUCACCAGCACUGUGGGAGUGGCCCUGGGAGCGUUAACCAUUUGGCAUGCAUUUCUCAUAUCCAAAGGAGAGACCAGCAUCGAGAGGCAUAUUAACAACAAAGAAACAAAGCGAAUGGCCAAAUGGGGAAAGGUAUACAGAAACCCAUUCAACUAUGGCAGGCUGAACAACUUGAAAAUCUUCUUUGGGGUGGAGAAAAGAAGUCACUGGGUAACUCGUGUUCUCCUUCCCUCCGGACACGCCCCGCAUGGUGAUGGUUUGACGUGGGACAUUUUCCCAGUUAAAAAGGAUUUGACACCUGUAUGAUGAACUGGUUUGGCAUAUUUUGAGCCUAACUGGUUGGUUGGCUGAGAAGAAUGGUGCUUGAUGGCUUCAUUUUGCUGAAAACACAGGGUGAAGUCAACAGUACCUCAACAACUUGGUUCAGCAUUGCUCUUGGCUCUACCAUAUUUAUUUUUCAGCAAGGUGGUGUGCCAUAUUUUUUGUGUGUGUUUUUUUUUUUUUUUUUUACUUAUUUUUGGAAAGUGUUUUUACUUGACUCUGAGCAUUGUGCUAUAAAGGCAUGAAGAUAUAUUUUUUUCCUUUUUUCCGUCCAUUUUUUACAUGACAAAAAUAUGACUGAACUACCUGUAAAGACAAAUUUUUUUAAAGAAAACAUUUUGUCUUAACAGUUUAUUUGCAAGAUAUUUUUUUAUUCCAAACGACAUUAAAACCUAAAGAAAAGACACUAAAUUUGAGGACAAAGUGAUGCAUCAAAAUCUCUAUACCUCCUCAGCCCAUUUAAGUUCAAUAUGAUCUGAUUGAAACGUUCAAUAAUAAUGUUAUGUGCAUUUUACAAUUGUUAUUAAUAAAUCUUUAUUACUUGUUUUA